AAGGGUCUCGACCGGCGGGGGUGAGGAAGGAAAAAGUACUUUUUUCAGAGGGGAAGAGUUCGGGUCAGAGAAGGGUCCUGGUCAUGGAGGCGCGGGAGCCGAGGGGUAAAGUUGCCGGUGAGGAGAUGCAUCACCGUUCACGGUGCAGCUUCCUGAGUCGCUUUACCGCCAACGAGUCUUUAUUCAAGAACUGCAUGAAGUGCCGAGCAGGGAACGAGGCAGCCAGUUUGUGCUCAGCGCAAUCCCACUAACCCGAGUGUAAUGUCGACCAGAUGACUGUUUUGGGGAGGCACAAGAGACUACAGAUGGUGGAAUCUGGAGCAACCCACAAAACUAUACCUCCCCUCUACCUAUUGGUCCAGAUGAAGGGUCUCGACCCGAAAUGUCAACUAUCCAUUUCCUUCCAUUGAUGCUACCUGACCUGCUGAAUUCCUCCAGCGUAUUAUCUGGUAGAAAAAAACCCAGGCAGCAGCAACAGCUGGAUGAUGACAGCGAUGACCCUGAGCAGUACAGCAAAUUACCAAAUCCAGAUAUUAAUUCCUUGGAGUAUUUUAACGAUGCCGUUGAUGAAUUUCAUGAGAAGAAACUUGAGAAGCUGCUGGCUGAUGGAAUAGCACGUGAUAAUUUGAGUGAAGAUUCACUGGAUGAGGAAGAGGUAAUGCCCCUGGAGCUUCCUGAUUCUGAUGAGGAUGAAGAGAAGGAGGCAGAAGAAGAAGAAGAUGAGGAAGAUGAAUACGAGGAAGGGGUUGACAUGGAUAGUGACCUUGAGGGCAAAUCAGAAGAUGGUCUCCCAAGUGCAUUGGCCUGGGGACAGAAGAAGAAAUCGUUUUACGAUACUGACUAUGUUGAUGAGCUUCCUCGUGGAAAGAAACAGGCAGAAGCUCUGGCAGAGGCUGAGGAGGAGGAACAAGAAGCUAUAAAUAUUCAGAAACGGUUGGCAGAGAAUCUGUCUGAGGAUGACUUUGGGCUUGAUCUUAUUCAGACAUUUGCCCAAGAGCGGGAAGCAGAGAAGGAUUCUGGAAAGGAUCUGAAAAUUAAAAAAGAUUUGAAUAAAAUGUCCCAGAAAGAGAAGCUGAAACUACUGAAGAAAGAGUCACCUGAGCUUCUGGAACUCAUCCAAGAUUUCAAAGCAAAGCUUGUGGAAGUGAAGGAUGAGCUACAGCCACUGAUGGAAAUGGUGCAGAGUGGUAGGAUACCUGCAGGGAAGGAUGCCCAAUAUGUGCAGACAAAGUACCACCUGUACCUGAACUACUGCACAAACAUUAGUUUUUAUCUGGUAUUGAAGGCAAAGAGGAUCCCAGUUCAGAACCAUCCAGUGAUUGAGAGACUGCUCACAUACAGAAAUCUAAUCAAUGACUUGCCUGUAGUGGAUGUGGCAUCUGAUAUCCAGAAGACUUUAAACCAGACCAGUAAAGAGUUUAAAUCUGUUACUGCAAAAGAUCAACAUAUCUUCAAACUGAAGAAAGCACCAUCUCAACUGAGUAAACAACCAAAAGCUCAACAAAGAGCAAAAGGAAAGGUCACUGGUGAGGAGGUAUCUAAGGAUUUGAAAUAUGAUAUGGGUGAUGAAGCCGGAUUCCCACAUCAUAAAGAAAUGAAAGGCGCUCCGUCCCCGAAGAGACAAAGAAUGGAAGAAGACAGUAAUGAGAACACUGCUGUGGUGCAGGAAGUGCUUCAUGCAGAUGAAAAGAGAAAGAUCACUUAUCAGAUCGCCAAGAAUAAGGGUCUCACACCCAGGAGGAAGAAGAUUGAUCGUAAUCCUCGAGUCAAGCACAGAGAGAAAUUCAGACGAGCCAAAAUCCGACGGAAGGGUCAGGUGCGUGAGGUACGCAGAGAGGAACAACGAUAUAGUGGUGAGCUCUCGGGUAUCCGGGCUGGAGUUAAGAAGAGCAUCAAGCUUCAUUGAUUUAGCUGCUCUAUCAAAGAUCUUCAGUUUGGAAAUUAAUGGAUCACCUACUCUGCCUCUAAAAUAUUUCGAGUUUUGUAAAGUAUUUUUUUUACUGUUUAUAAAUUAUUAGUAAAACAGAUGUACCAUUAAUGGACUCACAGAUAAUGUAAUUACAAGCUAUUAAAUUUUUUGUCCACCCAA